CUUCUCUUCUUUUAUUGGUGAAAAAAAAAGUUAGAGUUGAGUAGGACACCAGCCAAAAAUUGUACACACACACACACACUCUUCAUCAUUGCCUAUACACUUUAAAAGAACACCAUCAAAAUUCCAUUUUUUUUUCAAUCCACCAUGUGAUUCUUCAACAACCAUUUGUUAUUUGAUUGUCCAGAACCUUUUUCUUGAUCAUCAAUGGCUGAAACUAAUUCCCAAAACUACCCUUCUAUCCCUUCAAAUUACAUCUCCAUAGCCCAACUCCAAGAAAGAUGGCUAAAAGAGAAAGAAAAAAAGCAACAAGAAAAAGAAAAACAAGAAAAGGAAAAACAAGAAAAGAAACAAUCGAAAACCCCAUUUCAUCAAAAUCAUCAAAGACAUCAAAAUCAUAGUAUGAAAGGUUGGCGUGAGGUUGGUUUGAUUUCUAUAGAACCCAAGUUAAAGGAAGUGGAAAUCACUGGUAGAGUGGUUAAAGAAGGUGAAAAAAACAAGAAAAAGGGCUAUUUUGUAAAUAGGAAACCUAGGUUUGAAAGAGAUGGAAAAGAAGAUAUGGCUAAAGUUUCAACUUUUGAUGUGGCAGAGAAAGAAAUCAUGACUAUGGUGAGUGUGGAAAACAGUGAAAAAGAAAUAUCUAAGGGGAAAUGUAAGAAUAAGGAGGAUGAAGAAGUGGCUUAUGUAUGCAGGGUGGAGGUGGUAGGAGAAAGCAGUGUAGGUAGGGAAAUCGCGGGGCAGAAAUGUAAAGUUGGGUUUAAGGGAAUGAAGAAUAGCAAUGUGGAGCAAUCACGAAAAGAACGUAGUGCAGAAGAGGACGAGGUUUUAGUUGAUGUGAAAGAAAGAACUAAUGAGAAGGAGAGAAUGGGAGGUGCAUUUCGUGACGAGGUUUUAGUUGAUGUGAAAGAAAGAACUAAUGAGAAGGAGAGAAUGAGAGGUGCAUUUCGUGCAUACGGAGAUAAGGAGGUCGAGGUUGUAGGAGAAAGCAAUGGAGGGAGGGAAAUCGGAGGAGAGAAAUGUAGAGUUGGGUUUAAGGGAAAGAAAAAUGGCGGGAGAAAGUGGGGUGAUAGGGUUGAAGAAGUAAGCGAUAAGGUAGACAGUGCGGAACUAUCAGGAAAAAAACGUAUUGUAGAGAAGGAGGAGGUUUUGGUUGAUGUGAAAAGAAGAACUAAUGGGAAGGCGAGAAUGAGAGGCGGAUUUCGUGCAUACGGUUAUAAGGAGGUCAAAGAAGUGGCUACUGUUUGUAAAAUGGAGGUGGUAGAAGAAAACAAUGUAGAUAGGGAAAUUGCAGGGCAGAAAUGUCGAGUUGGGUUUAGGGGAAAGAAGAAUAGCGCGAGAAAGAUGGGUGAUAGGGUUGGAGAAGCGAGCGAUAUAGCAGAUAGUUCGGAGCAAGCAGGACAAGAAAAUAAUGCAGAGAAGGAGGACGUUUCAGUUGGUGUGAAAGAAAAAACUAACGAGAAGGCGAGAAUAAGAGGUGCAUUUCGUGCAUAUGGAGAUAAGGAGGUCGAGGCUAUAGGAGAAAGGAAUGUAGAUAGGGAACUCGGAGGGAAGAGAUUUAAAGUUGGGUUUAGGGAGAAGAAAAAUAGCGGGAGAAUGAUGGUUGAUAGGGUUGGAGAAGUAGACACUGUGGAGCAAUCAGGACAAAAACAUAGUACAGAAAAGGAGAAGGUUUUAGUUGAUGUGAAAGAAAGAACUAAUGAGAAGACGAGAAUGAGAGGCACAUUUUGUGCAUGCGGUGAUAAGGAGGUCGAAGAAGUGCCUACUAUUUGCACGGUGGAGGUUGUAGAAGAAAACAAGGUAGAUAGGGGAAUUGCGGGGCAGAAAUGUAGAGUUGGGUUUAGAAGAAUUAAAAAUAGCGGGAGAAAGAUGGGUGAUAGGGUUGGAGAAGUAAGCGAUAAAGUAGACGGUGUGGAGCAAUCAGGACAAGAACAUAAUGCAGAGAAGGAGGAGGUUUCAGUUGAUAUGAAAGAAAGAACUAAUGAGAAGGUGAGAAUGAGAGGUGCAUUUCGUGCAUAUGGUGAUAAGGAGGUCGAAGAAGUGGCUAUGGUUUGCACGAUGGAGGUUGUAGGAGAAAACGAGGUAGAUAGGGAAAAUGGAGGGCAGAAAUGUAGAGUUGGGUUUAAGGAUAAAAAAAGUAGCUGGAGAAAGGUGGAUGAUAAGGUUGGAGAAGUAAGCGAUAAGAUGGAGAGUCUGGAGCAAUCGGGAAAACAGCAUAAUGCAGAGAAAGAUGUACCUUUGAUAGAUUCAGAAGCUGGUUUGAAGAUGAAGAUUGAGAGAGAUCUUGGGGAUUUGUCAUUGAUUGAUAAGAGUUAUGGUCAACGGAGGUCGAAUGUCAGCGCGUAUGGUGACAAGUGGAGAUAUGGGACUUCCAAAAGGUAUGAACAGCGAAGAACGUUGAAGCAGAAGGAUAAUAGCUUUGUAUGGGUUAAAAAGGGGGAGUCUUCAAAUGGUUGAUUUUUCAAGCCAAAUCACAAGUCGAAUUAAGCUGUGCUCUCAGUGAAUCAAGUCAGUUUCCUUACAGAAGCAGCUUCUUAUUCAUUGCUUUGACCAAUUCAACUUCAUUCUCACAGGGAAUAAAAACAACUCUACAUGUAAAUUUGCCAGCAGUUGUUUCUCCCAUAGUCUUCUUUCUUGUAUAAAAGACUGGUAUUUCUCCUCCCCCUUUGACCCCCUUGCAGCUUCAUAUUAAACUGUAAAUGAAAAUGAUGUCAAGUCUUUUGAACAUAUUAAUCAUGGAGUAUGCAUUUUGUGAAUGUCAA